AUGGAUAUAUUCAAGCUACUCUCCCGCUCCACCAAGCUCUCCAAGGGCUCCGGCAAAGGUGCUCCGCAAGCGCAGUUGCCCUCGGGCGGCCAGAACGCGAACCCACAGCUCUUCGGGCACAGUACGUCUGGUGAUGCGCAGGCGCCUGAGCUGCAAGGAAAUGGCGCUAGCAGGAAGCGCAAAAGAAGUCAAGAUGGCUUGGUACAGGCCGUGAGCCUACCAGCGGAGCUUGAUUUCUUUGGCGACGCGAACCGUACUGGGCACAAAGUAUAUGGAGACAAGGCGCCGAGGGAACAUGCAUCUGAAGAAGAAAUGGAGGGCGGAGUGACCGAUCUACAACCAGCACCCAGGCCGAGGAAGACUAUUGUGGUGAACGGCUCCGCGCCUUUCCUCAGCGAGGAGGAGUGCAGACGGAUCUUGCGGUCCCAUAAGAUCAAGAUCACUGCCUUUUCAGACCCCCAACAACAACAAGAAGAGGUGCCUGCAAAACAAAACGGGAAGAAGCGCCGCAAGGUCAAGGAGCAGCCGAUCGAGGUUGCGAAGAAGAGAAAGAAAGCUGAGCUGUACCCUCAACCUCUGACGUCGUUCAGCCAGCUGCGCGGUAAAUAUGGGAUCUCGAAGCGACUCGCGGAGAACAUAGAGGCCCAAGGCUACACGGUGCCAACGGAGGUACAACUCGGAAGCUUGCCGCUACUUCUUGAGCCGGCGCAGACUUGGGCGGGAAGUCGACCAGAACUGCGAGGUGACUUUCAAGGAGAUAAGAAGUUGAAUAGUCACGGCGUGGAUAUACUGGCCAUCGCGCCGACUGGAAGUGGCAAGACAAUCGCGUUUCUGAUACCAGUGAUCAAUGCUUUAUUGCGCGACCGCAAUCAAGAGCAGGACAUCAACAGUCACGGUGAGUCGGCAGGACCCGGUGCAAUAAUUAUAGCCCCGACGAAAGAACUUGCAAGCCAGAUCGUCAAUGAGGGCAGAAAGCUCAGCUCGAAGACGGGUAUAAAAAUCGCGCUUAUGCGCAAGGGUAUGGAUAUUGUUCCUUCACCAGGUCAGGAUGCGACUUUGGAUGUGACGGAAGAACUGUCAGAACGUCAACUCGACGAGAUCGAUGACAAGAGCGAUAUCAGCGAUGCACCAGCAGGAUCCACUCGGCGAGCAGGUAGAACCCGAGAUCAAGGCCACAUGGUGAAGGCGGACGUGCUCGUUUCAACGCCUCUUACUCUUCUUAACGCAUUGAAGACGUCCGACGAUACGCCAAAGCUGCUUCCGAGUGUUCAUUAUCUUGUCUUUGAUGAAGCGGAUGUCUUGCUAGACCCCCUUUUUCGCGACCAGACUUUGUCGAUUUGGCAAGCCUGUCCACAUCCUCAACUUCGAGUUAGCCUCUGGUCCGCUACAAUGGGCUCAAAUGUCGAGCAGUUAGCAAAGUCUACCAUAGAGGCUCACCGAAAUAAACAUCUUGGUCCGGUAAAGGGGUACCGACAACCUCCUCUCCUCCGCCUAGUCGUCGGGCUCAAAGACUCCGCUGUCCCUAACAUAUCCCACAAGCUCACUUACGCCGCCACCGAGCAGGGCAAACUUAUGGCCCUUCGUCAGCUCCUUCACCCCACCGCAUCAGCAGACUCCUCCGGACCUAGUCUCAGGCCCCCUUUCCUCAUAUUUACGCAAACCAUCCCUCGCGCCAACGCACUCUACAGCGAACUCCUCUACGACAUUCCUCCUGAAGCCGGCGGCUCGACCCGUAUCGCUGUCCUCCACGCCGAUCUGUCUGAUACCGCUAGAGAUCGGGUUAUGACAGCCUUUAGGAAAGGUGAAGUUUGGGUACUCAUUACGACCGAUCUCCUCGCGCGUGGCGUCGACUUCAGAGGCAUCAAUGGCGUCGUCAACUAUGAUGUUCCGAAUUCGGCCGCCGCGUACGUGCAUCGAGUGGGUCGAACGGGAAGAGCAGGGAGAGAGGGCGGGGUCGCAAUCACGUUGUAUACGGAGGAGGAUAUUCCGCAUGUGAGGAUCAUUGCGCAGGUCAUCGCUGCGGCCGAGAAGCUGAGGGACAAGUCGGGUGAGAGUGGACCGAGUGGUGAGGGUGUGCAGCAGUGGCUUCUUGACUCGCUACCUCAGCCCAGUAAAAGGGACAGACAGCGUUUGAAAAGGAGAGGUGUCGAGGUUAGAAGGGCUAGUGUGAACGGGAAGGAAGCAAGGAAAGCGAAAAUCAGCACGAAGAGUGGCUUUGAGAGGAAGGAGGAGAAUAGGAGGAAGGGCGCAACGCCGAGGAGUCGAGCGAGACAGACUGGUGGGCUCGUUGACACUGGCCCGAAGAAGAGGCCAGCCGUAGCUGAAGACGACGAGUUCGAGGGGUUUGGGGAUUAA